CGAAUCGCGCGCGCCAGCCAGUCCUGCGGGAAAAAAUAAAAUAAAAUAAAAAAAUAGACAAAAUAUACAAUAUUAUAUGGGAGCGAACUGCGAAGCUGUAUUAUUAAUGUAGUGGGUAACUGACAACUUUGCCUACUGCCUACUGUUUUUUAAUAUCGUGCAAAAUUAAUACCUUAUACCGAUUUACAGUCAAAUGCAAACACCGUGUGUAAGUCAUUCCGCAACGCUGUGGUGAUUAGUGUGUAUGGACCGUACGCUGACAUGGUGAUGUCAACGAUUAUUGUCGUGGACGGGCGUUUUUCUGUUGCUGGUGGUGCUAUGCCCGUCGUUGUACAAGUGUACUGUUAAAGAGACAUGAGUGUUGCGAUGGAACAGAACGGCGGUGGGGCCUUCGAUCCUGUUAUGUUUAUUUCACCUUUAGCUUUGGCCGGCCUAUUGGAGUCGUUGGUGGGAUCACGAGAUGCCAUUUCUGCAUCCAAAGAAGAAUUGGACUUUUUGUCCAACUUAUUGCAAAGUAAGGAACUACACGCUCUGUUUAAAGUCUAUAACAGCAUUGUUGACCGGGUUCGUGACGAUCGUCGAUGUUCUCCUGUAUUGUCAAGUUCUAUGCAAACUACAUUGGACGUCAUGGAAGUUAUAUUGCCUAGGAUUACCCUCAGCGAUACAUCUAGACAACUUUUUCAACUAUUACAAAACCCUCACAUACAGGGACUUUUGUGUGCCCAUGAUGCAGUAGCUCAAAAAGACUACUUACCCCGACUGCCAGACAUUCCUCAAGAGAUGGAUGAGGAUGAAGAGACAAUCAAGAUUGUUCAAUUGGUUAAAAGCACUGAACCAUUGGAUGGGGAACCUGAUUCAGCUGAACCAAUUGUGGGUGCCACAAUAAAAACUGAUGAAGAAAAUGGAAAAAUCAUUAUAGCAAGGGUCAUGCAUGGUGGUGCUGCAGAUAGAUCUGGUUUAAUAAAUGUCGGUGAUGAAGUUUGUGAAGUUAAUGGAAUUAAUGUAGAAGGAAAGUCACCAGCAGAUGUACUCCAAAUACUACAACAUUCUGAAGGUACAAUAACAUUCAAAUUAAUUCCGGCAGACCCAAAAGGUGGAGCACGAGAAAGCAAAAUGAAAGUCCGAGCCCAUUUUGAUUUUAACACUGAUGUUGAUCCUUACAUUCCAUGCAAAGAAGCUGGCCUAAGUUUUACCAAAGGAGAGAUACUUCAUAUUGUUAGUCAGGAUGAUCCUUAUUGGUGGCAAGCCCGGAAAGAAGGAGACCGCAAUAUGAGAGCUGGACUUAUACCAAGUAAAGCCCUUCAAGAACGUAAAAUAAUUCAUGAAAGAUUAUCUAUGGCCGAUCAAAAAAAGAAAUGGGUCCUGGAUACCAUUAAUGGGGGUUGUAUUGGUGGGGGCGGUAUGACAUGUUUGCCAGACCGUUCAUUAGCCAAGGACCCAUUAUGUGGGUCACUGGCCGCUCUGAACGAUCUCGGUGAAGACAUGGCGUCUGAAUGUUCGGUACGUACACGUGUUAAAAAAGUUAUCUAUGACGCAGCUGAAAGUGAUGACUAUGAUCGUGAAGACAUUGCAACUUAUGAAGAAGUUGUCAAGUUGUAUCCAAGACCUGAACUUCCUCGACCCAUUGUUUUAGUUGGACCACCUGGAGUUGGUAGAAAUGAGCUAAAGAGACGUAUUAUGGAAUUGAAUCCUGACAAAUAUCACACACCUGUACCACAUACAUCCAGAUCUCCUCGGCCCGGAGAAGUAAAUGGUAAAGAAUACAAUUUCGUCCCUAGAGAAUUGAUGGAAGAACAAAUAGCUCGUGGUGAAUUUUUAGAAUUUGGUGAAUACAAAGGCAAUCUUUAUGGCACAUCUUUAGAAAGUGUUAAAUCAAUCAUACGUUCCGGACUUACAUGUAUUAUAAAUCCACAUUAUCAGGCAUUAAAAAUGUUACGCAAUCCUGAUAUAAAACCAUACAUUAUAUAUAUUAAGCCACCAAUAUUUGACAUAUUAAAAUCAACUAGAAAUGCAGCAUUCGCAAUGUCAACAUUUGAUGAGACAAAUUCUAGAGGUUUUACAGAUGAUGAGUUCAAUGAGAUUCUAAGGAGUUCCAAGCGAAUAGAAUUUCUUUACGAUCAUUGGUUUGAUGAAAUAAUAGUAAAUGAUGAUUUCAAGUCUGCUCUGGAGCAGUUAUUAGAAGCAGACCAUAAAUUAAAAACCGAACCAUUAUGGGCACCUGCUGCUUGGUUACAGUAAUUUUUACAUUAUGUGCGGAAACUAGUCAAUCAUUAUUAACUCGUCACCAAAACAGUAUUUAUUAAUGUCCAAUAGAACACAUCAAACUUCGACCAAAAUAACAAUUUAAAAAAAAUAAUACGAUCAACAUAUUGUUCUAAUUUUAAAUGGAUGUAGAUAUAUAAUUUUAAUAGAUUUUAAAAUAAUAUUAAAGUUAGAGAAGAGUACUGAAAAUAAAAUGCAACUCUUUACACACAAUAAUUUAUUUAUGCUUUUAGAAAAAAAUGUUAAAUAACUUAAUAAUACGCUAUUUACGGUUGUGAAAUUUAUUUUAGAUUUUAACUAAUAUAUUUUUACCCAUUUCUAGUCAAUAAUUUUUAAAAUCCCACAUAUAUUGAGAUUUUAUUUGUAAAUCUUAGGUCUUACAAAUUAUGUUUUGUGAAACUUUAUCAUUACUAAUUAUUUUUAGUAUAGGCAUUAAGCAAAAUUUUCGUAAAUGUAUUUUGUUUUAAUUCAAGUUAUAUUAUUGUUAAAAACUUAAAAAAUAGAAUCUAUAGCAUACAUGAUUUAAAAUCAUACACACAACACACCAGACAUAUACCAACACUGUGUAACUAUUUUAAUUACAAAUUUAAUUUUGUUACACACUAUAUGUUAACAUUAUUUAUAGAUAAAAUUUUAAGUAUGCUGUUAUUAUUGUUGUAUUUCAUUCAUAUUUCAUGAUAUGCCAAUGGAACAAAUAUUUGUACUUAUUUUAAAAUCUUAUUGAAUUAAUUUUUAAAUCUGUUCUAUAGCCUAAUGUGAAAUUGAAAAUAUAUGAAUUAUUUAUCAUCUUAUUCUAAUGAUGAAAUACAUUAAUAUAAUAUUAGGGUACAUUUGUUGAAUAAUUGUGUUAUUGUAACUAUUUUUUCUCUAUUUAAAAAUAAAGUUUUAAUAGUUAAUACAGUGAUUUUUAGAAUAUUGACAUGAAUUUUAUGUAUACUGAACAUUUAAUAAAAUGUUAAUUUAAAAUUUAAA